CGCAAGGACGUCAAUCGCGCGCACGCCCUCCUCAGGGUCCUGUGUUGGAUGGAUUUAAGCCAGUAGCGGUCUCAGGGCGAUCUAUGCACGACCCAGGGGGUGGUGUCUGCUGCUAUUCUACAUGGAUACCGACCCUCUCGCGGGGGGGAGCACCGGCGUUACAAAUUACGGGGCUAUCACUCAAGACCGCAACACUGCCAUCUCCUCAACGUCGUCCAGUUCGGGAUUCACGCAGGACGAUGCCGACAAUCUACCUAGGUCUCGUGUUGGUAGUUGGUUUGCGAGGCUGCCGAGCCCCUCGCUGAAGCUUGUCAAUAACGGGAGCGUAGCGCGCGACCAUUUGGCCUCCGAGCGCACCUUUAUGGCGUACGUGCGCACAAGCCUGGCGAUAUCCUCCAUGGGCACAGCGUUGGCGCAGUUGUUCAGAUUGUCCGAGGCCGAUGCUGCCUACAACCUCGCACGUCCUCUAGGCGCGUCCUUGAUUGUCAUGGGUAUCAUGGUCCUGAUCCUUGGUUGCUUACGGUAUUUUAUCGUCCAAUCGUCCCUGAUCCAGGGAAAGUUUCCGACGGCGCGCGUAUCGCUGGCGGUUCUAUCCACGGGACUGAUAGCUUUCGUAUCCAUCAUUUUCGGCGUCCUCCUGGCUGACAAGGAUAGCCAGUGAGUCUCGUUUGGAGGACGGUUUGGUGACCUUAGUCCGGUAGUACUCUUGUCUUGGGUGGAUCGCGGGAUACGUUGCUUUCGGAAACAAUGAUCACAGAAAUUAUUGGAC